GUUUAGUUCUAUGGGACACUAUUCAGCUAAAACUGAUAUCCCCUAGUGGGAAGAAUCAGAACCAUGGCCACGUUGUUUCGCAAGGUAUGGGAAUCGGUAUCGACUCGUUCGAGUUCCAACUCCAACUCCAACUCGAAUUCGAGUGCCAACUCCUCCGAUCGCUUCCAGCAGAUGAUGUAUAUACGGACGGCGUCAACUGGUGAAUUUGAUCGGAUACCGUUGGAUAUAUUUAUUCAAAUUCUGAAGAUUUUAGGGCCAAAAGAGUCCGCGAAGCUGAGCUCUGUGUGUAAAACGUGGAAAUUCAUUGUCUCCGAUAAUCGGCUGUGGAUUUAUUUUCUUCAAAAUCAGCAUGAGCCUUGGGAUUCUAUUUUUUUCGCAGAAACUCACUUGCGAUUGGGUCCUCUUCGGACAUUUCCAAAUUCAGUACCGGACUUGUCAUUCAUGAGUAUUUAUGGUCAACGUGCUCAAAUACCUGGUGCUAUCGUUAUUGAUGGGGGGUCAGGCUAUUGCAAAUUUGGUUGGAGUAAGUAUAGUGCUCCAUCAGGAAGAUCAGCGACAUUCUUGGAAUUUGGUAACAUUGAAUCUCCAAUGUAUUCUAGAUUGAGGCACUUCUUUUCAACAAUAUACACCAGGAUGCAGGUGAAAACUUCAACACAGCCAAUCAUUGUCUCCAUACCAAUUUGCCACUAUGAAGAUACUGAAUGUGAUAAAGCAGCUAGAAGGCAGUUAAAAGAAUCUAUCCAUUCUGCAUUAUUUGACAUGAAUGUUCCUGCCGUUUGUGCUGUCAACCAGGCAGUUUUAGCUUUAUUUGCUGCGAGGAAAGUUUCAGGAAUAGUAGUCAACAUUGGGUUUCACCAAACAUCUAUUGUUCCAAUUCUUCAUGGUAAAGUCAUGCACCAGGUGGGUGUAGAAGUUGUGGGAAUUGGAGCAUUGAAGCUUACAGGAUUCCUUAAGGAGCAGAUGCAACAGAAGAACAUUUAUUUUGGAUCACUUUACACUGUGCGAGCACUAAAAGAGAACCUUUGUUAUGUCGCACUCGAUUAUGAAGCUGAGAUAUCCAAAGAUACCAAAGCUUCUUUCCAGAUUGCGUCUGAAGGUUGGUUUACGCUUUCAGAAGAGCGCUUUAAAACAGGAGAGAUUCUGUUCCAGCCUCGAAUUGCAGGAAUGCGUGCUAUGGGUUUGCAGAGUGCUGUGGCACUGUGCAUGGAGCACUGCCAGGAUGCUGAAUUAAUGGCUGACGAUAGCUGGUACAAAACAGUAGUUUUGGCUGGGGGAAGUGCAUGUUUGCCUGGAUUAGCAGAAAGAUUAGAGAAGGAUGUGUGUGGAAUUCUUCCCCCACACAUGAGCAAUGGAAUCAGAGUGCUUCCUCCGCCAUAUGGCGUAGAUUCUGCAUGGUUUGGGGCUAAACUGAUCGGCAAUUUGAGCACCUUCCCCACUUCCUGGUGUGUGAUGAAAAAGCAAUUUCAGAAUAGGUCAAGACGCAAGUUUAUAUGGUGAAUGUGAGCGGCACUACAGGUGGUAUGCUAAAGAUUAAGAAUUUUGAUGUGCCUCAUGGUUGAAGAUCAACUACUAUAUUGUCUCAUUGUUAAAUACAAAUAUAAGGCUAUCUGUACAUCAUUUAUACAGACUAAAGCAAUGUCAUUCAGUUGUGCUAAUGGAACUGCUAAGCAAAUGAUGUACAAAACUUAGAUUGUUGAGGUAGCUCUAAAUGGAGUGAGAAUAUCCGUAAGUUGGACAUGAAGACUAUAAUAAUGGAGCACCUUUUUCAAAGAUAUGUAUUGAUAAAAUCGCUCGUCUUUGGUUAGACACUUGCAGAACUGGCUUGGAUUUUCAGAUGCUUCAUUUCUUGGUGGAAUUAAUGAUGUCGUGGACACAUUAAUGAGGAAAUCUUGUUGGUAUCACUGAUUUAUUUUUUUAAAGUCGCUACGUUUAUAUGAAUACGAGAUUUCCCUUAUAGUACGGUCGUGAUGCUUUUGAGCUGUUGCCCCCAUCUACUGCAGGGAGUAGAUCCAUGCAACUGCAACUAUGUUCUCAACCCCCGUGUUGCAAUCAUGUGGUCCUUUUAAUAUUUCUGCAGGUACUGCGAUUACGUUCUGCUGCACUGCACGCAUACAUCUUGCUUUAUUCUGCUUAAAGGAUGCCCUUCUCCUUCAUCAUGGAACUUUUAUCUUCUGUGGCCGCUUAGCAGCUGUGGAAGAGUGUCAAUUACCAUGUUGGUAUCGCUUGUCAUAAUCAGCAGCUAUCUUUUCCUUCAGCUACGUUUUCCUAUAUUGAUGUAUAAGCGAGCUGGCAAUAUUUGUGACUGCACUGGAUUUAUUCUUUUUGUUCUGCUGAAAUUAAACCUGA